GUGAUGGAGGUGUUUAUAAUGCUGUUGCCUUUUCAUAUGGAAAUUAUGAUGAAUCCACUGAUCAAAAGAACUCUGAUAUCGGCCUGGGAGAUUCUGUUUUUCAUCCACCCUUCCCUGUGCCUGAAAGCUUACUCCAAUGCCUAGUAAGUAAAUGCUUCUCAGUUUUCUAUUACCUUGUGUGUUUUCCUGGCACUUCGAUAGUGUUAUUUGGUAUUUGUUUAGCAUACUUACUCCAUGUGGCCAAAUGAUAAUUGUAAGGUGUAUAUGUUAUUCUAAGGUUCACUGUGUCCAAGUUUUCAGAUGAUCGGAGCAGGGAUGGAGUUCUUGUGACCUAAGGUCGCCAUUCACGGGCACCUUGUUUCCUUUUGAUAUCAUGACAAAGGGCCGUGCAGGUGGGAUUAGGAAUUGUAGAAUUUUGAUUACUUUAACUGGAAAAACCCUAACUGCUUGAGAGCAAAUUUGAUGAAACAUAUCUUUCAUAGAGUUUUGCUGCUUGAUCAUUAUGGUAUCCGGAUAUAUGUGAGAUUCAUAUGGUUUAUCUUGAAAUUAUCUUCCUCCAACAGAGAAGCUACAUCAGAUAAUUGCAAGGACUGCUAUGUUUGUCAGCAAACAUGGUGGCCAGUCAGAAAUUGUUCUGAGGGUAAAACAGGGAGACAAUCCAACAUUUGGCUUCCUGAUGCCUGAUCAUCACCUUCAUGCCUACUUUAGGUUUCUUGUUGAUCAUCAGGAACUUUUACAGUCUGACACUGAUGGAAAAUCUGAAAAUGAGAAGAAAGGCAAUACAGAGUAUAAUCAGAUGGAUGGUGUUGGGGCCGGGGCUGGGGCUGGGGCAUUGUCCUUGCUGGGUUCUGUGUAUGGGUCUGGGGAGGAUGAGGAUGCCUCAGAAUCAAAGGUAAAUGUCUCUGGGAAAACCUUUGAUGCUAGUGGUGCAACAGUUUGUCAUGGUUCUGAAAAAACACAACUUUCCGAGAAUGUAGAUGGAAAAGAUGAGGCAGUUGCCAAGCAUUUAAGCCCUUCGAAAGAAAAGGUUCAAGUAUUGAAAAGGAAUUCUUUCAAGAGUGCAUCUAAGGCUGGAACUACAAAUAGCGUGAAAAAAGGUGAUAGUAUCAGUUUGAUUUCUGCUGCUGUAGACGAGUCACAAUCUUCUGCUCUGCCGAAUGCGUCAAAGGUUGAGCCAUUGGUUUUGGAGCCUCCAUCUGAUUUAAAGAGAUUUGUUGAGAAGAUAGUAGAGUUCAUUUUGAAAAAUGGGAAGCAGUUUGAGGCCGUACUUAUUGAACAAGACAGCAAAUAUGGAAGAUUCCCAUUCCUUGUCCCAUCUAACCAAUAUCACCCUUACUAUGUAAAAGUUCUCCAACAAGCUCAAGAGUUAAAGGUAACUGGCAAGAGCUUUUUUUCUGAGAAGGAUGAUUCAGUGAUGCAUAGGCAAGACAAGAAAUCUUCCCUAUCGAAGGAAAGCGAUUCUUUGUCCUUAGGAUCUGCUAGUUCUGACAUGCCAUAUGAUUCUGACAGGAAAGAGAAGUUUAGGAUGGUAAUUGGAAAGUCGAAGAAGGAUGGACCGGACCCAUCUUCCAAAGCCACCCUGCCACAGUUCGGAGUCAGUGUAGAUGCAGCUGCAGCAGCGGCUAUUCUUCAAGCUGCCACAAGGGGCAUUAAGUACCCUAAUUUGGGAAUCCUUUCAAGCACAUCACUGAAUGGUGAAAGUCAUGGCCGGAACAGCGAAACUGGGCAGCCCUCAAGCUUAGGCACUGACAUUUCUUCUCAUUUAGAAAAUGUCAUCCAAAAGUCCGAGCAAAAAGGCGAUCAGAGUGUUCUUGUCCCCAUUGCCAAGGCUAUUGCAAAGACUGCAGCUAUUGAAGUCGCAAACGAGGCGGAUUCCUCUGAAGCUCACAUGACUAGAGAGCAGAAACAGAAGGCUGAAAGGUUAAAGCGAGCAAAAAUGUUUGUAGCCAUGCUAAAAACCGGAGCUGCACCAUACAAAUCUGAACCUCUGCGUAGCUUAUCAGUAGAACCCCAAGAAUCUGGGGUUUCUGGUUCUGGUGAUAAGGUUGUUAAUCUGUCUGGCAAAGAAAGAGAAGGAAGCUCUGUUCCUUUAGAUGUUGAUACUAUGGAUAAAAAGGAGAGAUUUGAAAAGAAAUAUUCUGAUGACGAGUACAAUGAAAGAAAAUCAAGGAGGAAAUACCGAUCAAGGUCUACGAGGCAUGAAGAAGAUAUAGAUGAAGAUGAAGAAGAAAAGGAUCGUAAGCACUCAAAGAAAGGCAAAGAAGAAGAUAAAGAGGACAAGGAUCACAGGCAUUCUAGGAAGAAGCACCGGCUUUACCAUUCUUCGCAUGAAGAAGAAGAUGAUGAAGAAGAU